AUGCCUGCCGAAGCGGAGAAAGACGUUGUCUAUCAUACGGCCACCAAGUCAUCGUUACCCAUGAGCAGCGACGAUGGAACCCACACCAUGUCCAAGGAUGAGCGCGAGGUAGCUGAAGCAGCAGCUCGCUAUGGUUACGGUCCAUUGGCCCCAGGAAACACGCAUCAACUCAGGUCUUUUGCCGGCUCGUUUCACCCCGAAGCGUACCAGGGCCCAGCUCCCCGCCAAUUCGCCAAUCCUGCACCCCUCGGCUUGUGCGCUUUUGCUCUCACGACUUUUGUGCUUAGCCUUAUCAACAUGCAAACUCGAGGUACUCAUGCUCCCAACGUUGUCGUCGCGUCGGCCCUGGGGUAUGGUGGUCUCGUUCAGCUGCUUGCAGGCAUGUGGGAGAUGGCUGUUGGUAACACGUUUGGUGCUACCGCGUUAUCAUCGUACGGUGGGUUUUGGAUCUCUUAUGCGAUUAUCUUUACUCCGGGCGGUUUCGAGAUCGUGUCGAGUAUCACAAAAGUGGAUGGACUGUCGGGUGUAAACAGUACUGUUGGUUUCUGGCUCACGGGAUGGUUUAUAUUCACCACGAUAAUGCUUCUUUUGACGAUCAAGACCACUUGGGCCUUUUUUUCACUCUUCCUGUUCCUGGACUUGGCCUUCCUCAUGCUCGUAAUCGGCCAUUUUCAAGAGCCCACGCCGGGCCAACAAAACAUACCACUUAUCAAAGCUGGUGGUUUGUUUGGGCUGCUUGCCGCUUUCCUGGCGUGGUAUAAUGCCCUCGCAGGAAUUGCAACCGAGGCAAACAGUUUUAUCAGAUACCCUCUCGGGCCCUUGCCGUGGGCCAACUAUGGGCGUCCGAAAACUGAACGGGACUUGGUCUAG